GGAAGGAAGGAAAGAGUCAUUUAUGGAAUAAUUCCCGCUUCACACAUUUCCUCUUUCACACACUCACCGUGUAAUUUCUGUGUGUCUCUUUUUCUUUUUCUAUAAUAUAUAUGAUAUAUAUUUAUAUAUUUUAUAGUUGAUAUGUCCCUCACGACUUGAAGGCUGAAGCCGGUGUUGGAGUGUUGUUAUCAUCACCACUCAUUCUUUCACACCUUCUUGCCGGUUUCAUCUCCAUAAUCUUUCUUCAAAUUCUCAUCUCUACUUUCCAUUUCAUUAUCAAAUCACUCAUGAUUUAGUUUACUCGAUAAACCCAAUCACCCCAUCGAUCGCUUUUUAUCUUUUCCAUGCCGAUCAAUACAAGAUUCAGAUUUAUUAUUAGAAUCUUCUGAUUUCAUUUAUAUUGGGGAAUGUUCUUUUCCUGAUCUCAUAAUUCAAUCAAUUUGAUUGUUAUAUAACCAAUCAAGCAGUAAUCGCAUCUGGGUUUAAUCCAAUUUCCAAUCUUGUUACUGGGUUUUUCUCCAAAUGGGCUGUGCAUCAUCUAAACAAAAACCGGUGUGCCGGAACUGUCGAGCUCCGAUGACACGAAGCUACUCAAUGCACGUGCACCACCCACCUCAAACCGAAGGCGAUAGCUACCACCUCGUGGCACUCAAAUCCUCCACUCUGGGUUACCUUCAGCUUGAUCCAUCAAACUCCAACAAUUCCUGUUGUAUCAAGAACCAUCAAGACCUUGUUCAGGUCUGCCCAGAACCUGUUCGACAAAAUGCCACAGAGAAAGAAAACACCGAAUUAUCCGUUGGGAUUAUUGACGCCAAAACAUGGUCGAAAAUGAUCGAAGAAAAGAUCCCAAAACUCGUCCCCAGAACCCCCAUCACCACCCCUCCAGGUGAACCCGAAACAAUCAAUGCGUGGGAGUUGAUGGAAGGUUUAGAUGACACAAGUCCUCUCCGACCUAAAUUCGCAACGAAUCACAUCCGCAGCUUCUCGUUUCAUGUUAAUCCCAGUUCGUUUGAAGAACCCGCACCAGAAUUAACAGAAAAUAAUCACCAGAAUGACAUGAAUUCGGUUUUCGGCUCAACCGACAACAAACAAGUGUCAUCUGAAUUCAAAAAAUCAUUAGAGUUACUACCGCCGGAGAACCCGUUUUAUUUAAAGCCAAUGGACGUUAUUGUUGAUGAUCCAAUGGAUGUAACAGAUUCCAAAAAAUCAUUACAAAACGGUUUUGAUGAUGCUAAUGAUGGUAAAAACUAUAAAAACAGCCCGCCACGUGUCAAAGAGAAAUUGGUGUUGUACUUCACAAGUUUAAGGGGAGUUAGAAAGACAUAUGAGGAUUGUUGUCAUGUGAGACAUCUUUUAAAGGCCACCGGCGUUCGAGUCGACGAGCGUGAUGUAUCGAUGCAUUCGGGUUUCAAAGAGGAGUUGAAAGAGUUGUUAGGUGGGUUUAUUGGUGGAUUGCCUAAAGUGUUUAUUGGGAAGAAAUGUAUUGGUGGUGCGAUGGAGAUCCGGCGGAUGCAUGAAGAUGGGGAGCUUGAGAAGGCGGUAGAAGGUUGUGAAAUGGUGGGCGGCGGUGGUGGUUGUGGUGGAGGCGUUGGUUGUGAGGCGUGUGGUGAUAUAAGGUUUAUACCGUGUGAGACGUGUUCGGGUAGCUGUAAGAUUUAUUACGAAGAUGAGUGUGAUGAUACUGACUACGAAGAAGAACAAGAAGAAAGUGAUUAUGGGUUUCAAAGAUGCCCCGACUGCAACGAAAAUGGACUAGUAAGGUGUCCGAUUUGUUGUGACUAGUUUUCAUGGAUUUUCUUUUUUAUUGUAUAGUCGAGUUUUCUUUAUAUAUUUUUUGAACAAUUGAUUGAUUUUGAGUAAUAUGUUCAAAAUUGCUCUCUAGUGACUUGUUAUUUUGCCUUUCCAAUUUUGGAGUUGUGAGUUGUAUGAUUUCUAUACCUUGUUAAACAUGUUAAAAAGCUUUUUAA